UCUCUCAGACUGGAGAAGAUGAGUGAUUUAAAAGAUGAGGAAGAGGACAAAUCUUCAGUCUCCAGCGGUCUGUCUCUGAAGAGUGACCGGUCUAUGGGAACACCUCUAGUCUUCAGUAAAGAACCUGGACCCUCAGAGACAAGACAGAGAGCAUGGUCUUCAGUCCCCAGCUGGCUGUCUCUGAAGAGUGACCGGUCUAAAGAUCAACCUCUAAAAUGCAGUACUGAACCUGGACCCUCAGACACAAGACAGCGAGCAGAGUCUUCAGUCUCCAGCUGUCUGUCUCUGAAGAGUGACCAGUCUAAAGGCUGGCCUGUAGCCUUCAGUGAUGAACCUGGACCCUCAGACACAGAAGGGAAGAGGAUAAUUCCUGCCAGUCAGACCAGAACUGUGGGAGCAGAUAGUGGUCUGCAGGAGGUUUUAGAUGAACAUAGGAUCAGUCUGAGGAGGAGAUGUGAACAUGUGACUGAAGGAACUGAUGAAAGUGAAACCCUCCUCAACAGGAUCUACACUGAGCUCUACAUCACACAAGGUCAGAGUGAAGAGGUUAAUACCCAACAUGAGGUGAGGCAGCUGGAGACAGCUUCCAAGAAAGAGACCCUCCAUGACACUCCAAUCAAGUGCCAGGACAUCUUUAAAGCCUUACCUGACCAACAGACUCACAUCAGAGUGGUCCUGACCAACGGAGUCGCUGGAGUUGGAAAAACCUUCUCAGUGCAGAAGUUCACUCUGGACUGGGCCGAGGGUUUGGAGAACCAAGAUGUCAGUCUGGUGAUCCCGCUCUCCUUCAGGGAGCUGAACCUGAUCAAAGGUGAGCAGUACAGUCUUCUCAGGCUGCUCCAUGUUUUCCAUCCAACCUUACAGAAGGUCACAGCAGAGCAGCUGGCUGUCUGCAAAGUGCUGCUCAUCUUUGACGGCCUGGAUGAAAGCAGACUUUCUCUGGACUUCAGAAACAAUGAGGUUGUGUCUGAUGUCUCACAGCAGUCCUUAGUCAACGUGCUGCUGACAAACCUCAUCAGGGGGAAGCUGCUUCCCUCGGCUCUCGUCUGGAUAACUUCCAGACCUGCAGCGGCCAAUCAGAUCCCUCCUGAGUGUGUGGACAGGGUAACAGAAGUACGAGGCUUCACUGACGCCCAGAAGGAGGAGUACUUCAGGAGGAGAUCGAGUGAUGAAGACCUGUCCAGCAGAAUCAUCUCUCACAUCAAGAGCUCCAGGAGCCUCCACAUCAUGUGUCUGAUCCCAGUCUUCUGCUGGAUCACUGCUGCAGUUCUGGACCACAUGUUGACUACAGACGAGAGAGGAGAGCUGCCCAAGACCCUCACUGACAUGUACUCACACUUCCUGCUGGUCCAGACCAAGAGGAAGAAGCAGAAGUAUGAAGCGGGACAUGAGACAAGUCCACAGCAGCUGACAAAGGCUGACAGGAAGGUUCUCCUGAAGCUGGGGAGGCUGGCGUUUGAACAUCUUGAGAAAGGAGACAUCAUGUUUUACCAAGAAGACCUGGAGCGCUGUGGUCUUGAUGUCACUGAGGCCUCGGUGCACUCAGGACUUUGUACAGAGAUCUUCAAAAGAGAGAGUGUGAUCUUCCAGAAAACAGUCUACUGCUUUGUUCAUCUGAGCAUUCAGGAGUUUCUGGCUGCAGUGUACAUGUUGCACUGUUACACCAACAGAGACACAGAGGUACUGAAGGACUUCCUGCAGGGAGACUAUAGCAACAGUUAUAACAGUGAUAAGGAUUACCCAUCCCUGGAUGUCUUCCUAAAGGGAGCCAUGAAUAAAUCCCUCCAAAGUGAAAAUGGCCACCUGGACCUGUUUGCCCGCUUUCUCCACGGCCUCUCUCUGGAGUCCAACCAGAGACUCUUAGGAGGCCUGCUGGGUCGCACAGACAAACGUCCACAAAUAAUCAAGAGACUCUUCAGAGGCCAGCUGAGUCACACAGACAAUAGACCAGAAAUCAUCCAGAGAGCCAUCAACAACCUGAAGGAGAUGAGCAGUGAUAAAAUCUCUCCUGACAGGAGCAUCAACAUCUUCCACUGUCUGACAGAGAUGAAGGACCACUCAGUACAUCAGGAGAUCACAGAGUUCCUGAAGUCAGAGAACAGAUCAGAGGAGGAACUCUCUGUGAUCCACUGCUCUGCUCUGGCCUUCAUGCUGCAGAUGUCAGAGGAGGUUCUGGAUGAGUUGGACCUGACCCAGUACAACACAUCAUGGGAGGGACGACGGAGACUGCUUCCAGCUGUGAGGAACUGCAGGAAGGCCAAACUUGCUAACUGUGGACUCUCAGAGACUCACUGUGAAGUCGUGGCCUCAGCUCUGAAGUCUGACCCCUCCCAUCUGAGAGAUCUGGACCUGAGUCUCAACAGAGAGAUGAAGGAUUCAGGAGUGGAGCUGCUGAGUUCUGGACUAAAGAGUCCAAACUGCAGACUGGAGACUCUCAGAAUGGAGAGCUGCAGUUUGUCAGAGAUCAGCUGUUCUGCUCUGGCCUCAGCUCUGAAGUCCAACCCCUCCAAUCUGAGAGAUCUGGACCUGAGUAACAACGACCUGAAGGAUUCAGGAGUUGAGCUGCUGAGAAAUCUUCUGGAGAGUCCAGACUGCAGACUGAAGACUCUCAGAAUGGAGAGCUGCAGGUUGUCAGAGAUCAGCUGUUCUGCUCUGAUCUCAGCUCUGAAGUCCAACCCCUCCCAUCUGAGAGAUCUGGACCUGAGUCUCAACGAUCUGAAGGAUUCAGGAGUGAAGCUGCUGAGAGAUCUUCUGGAGAGUCCAGACUGCAGACUGGAGACUCUCAGAAUGUGGCGCUGCAGUUUGUCAGAGAUCAGCUGUUCUGCUCUGGCCUCAGCUCUGAAGUCCAACCCCUCCCAUCUGAGAGAUCUGGACCUGAGUGAGAACAAGCUGCAGGAUUCAGGAGUGGAGCUGCUGAGUUCUGGACUAAAUAGUCCAAACUGCAGACUGGAGGCUCUCAGUCUGAGGAGCUGCAGUUUGUCAGAGAUCAGCUGUUCUGCUCUGAUCUCAGCUCUGAAGUCCAACCCCUCCCAUCUGAGAGAUCUGGACCUGAGUUACAACAAUCUGAAGGAUUCAGGAGUGAAGCUGCUGAGAGAUCUUCUGGAGAGUCCAGACUGCAGACUGGAGACUCUCAGGAUCAGAGAUGAGCCCUUCAGAGCCACGAUCCAGAAGACCUGUCCCAGAGGGUUACCUGUUGACCCGUGUCCAUCUCAACAAGGGUCCACAGACAUCCUAUAAUCCUGAGUUUGGUGGGAUGACGUUCUCCCUGUAAUCAAAGCACUGGUUCUCUUGGAGACGCUCUCAAAGUCUUUGAGGACAAAGUCAGAAAGAGAAGAAGAAAUGUGUUCCGCUCUUGGACUUGUUUGUGUUUCUCACCCCGGGUUAAUUAAUGUCCAAUCAAAUGUUAGAGACAGUAUUUUGAAUUAUAAAAAUGGCCACCUUAUCGUGUAGUCAAGUCCGUAUAAAGGACUACAAUUCCCACAGUGCCUCCUCUAAAGAGACAGAGAUGGGCAACCUGUCGGAAAGACGCAGUCGAAGCACCGUUUUUAACCGUUUGUUGCCGUUUUUUUACCGUUAAAAUGACAAAAGCCUAAAAAGAAAGAAAGACCACCGAAGUUGUUUAUUAUUUUAUUUGAGUUUUUCCUCUUUAGUUUUUGUUUUGACUUUUGUAAAA